AUUUGGGCUUUAGGGCUUAGGUUUGGACGGGGAACGCUGCGGAAGGUUUAGGAUGACGGUGGGACGUGUUGUUUUAGGGUAAAACCUGAUAUGCGGGUGUGGGUAAAUUUACCCCGCUGGUUGAAUUAGAGCCCGAACUGGCCCGAACCGUUUUCAUGUUGUACGACUUGUUGUUGUUGUUGUUAUUUUUAUUGCGCGUGCGCGAUCUCUUCCUGGCAACGACUUGCCCCGGUUUUGCCCCCAGGGUCACCGGCCGCUGCGCGCCUUCCCGUCCGCAUCAGGAGUUCGCAAAAUGACCGGAGAGAAAAUCCGCUCCCUGCGCAAGGACCACAAGCCGGGGAAGGACGAGGACCUGCUGGAGCCGGACGAGGAAGCGGCGACCGGCACGUUCACGGCGUCCAGCAGGACUAACGGCAAAGGCAAGAGCAACAAGAUCUUCAGCAACCACAAGAUCAGCAAACCCGGGUCUCAGAACAGCCUCCAUCACCACCACCACCACCACCACCAUCAUCACCAGCAGCAACAACAACAGACUCUCAUCAACGCCAACACUACUAACGGCGUCUCCGCCCCGGAAACCGUCGACGAUAAAAACAAGAACCCGAUUAUUCGAAGCGCCGACGAUUUCCCGGUGCACGAGUGCGUGUUUAAAGGGGACGUGCGGCGGUUAUCGUCGCUCAUUCGCACUCAGAACAUCGCACAGAAAGAUCUCCAUGGAAACACUCCUCUUCAUCUGGCUGUAAUGAUGGGUCAUAAAGAAUGUGCUCAUCUCCUGUUGGCCCACAAUGCACCAGUAAAAGUGAAAAACGCUCAGGGAUGGAGUCCUCUCGCCGAAGCCAUCAGCUACGGAGACCGUCAAAUGAUCACAGCGCUCCUGCGGAAGCUGAAGCAGCAGUCCAGAGAAAGCGUAGAGGACAAGAGGCCUCGGCUCCUCAAAGCCCUUAAAGAGCUUGGCGACUUUUAUUUGGAGCUUCACUGGGAUUUUCAAAGCUGGGUGCCUUUACUCUCUAGGAUUUUGCCCUCGGACGCUUGCAAGAUCUACAAGCAGGGAAUCAACAUCAGGUUGGACACUACUCUCAUCGACUUUACGGAUAUGAAAUGCCAACGAGGCGACCUGAGCUUCAUCUUCAACGGCGACGCAAUCCCAUCCGAGUCCUUCGUGGUGCUGGACAACGAGCAGAAAGUGUACCAGCGGAUACACCACGAGGAGUCGGAGAUGGAGACUGAGGAGGAGGUGGACAUUUUGAUGAGCAGCGACAUUUACUCCGCCACCCUGUCCACCAAAUCCAUCACCUUCGCCCGAGCACAGAGCGGCUGGCUCUUCCGAGAAGACAAAACCGAACGGGUGGGGAAUUUCCUGGCGGAUUUUUACCUGGUCAACGGCUUGGUCCUGGAGUCAAGGAAACGGAGAGAGCACUUGAGCGAGGAGGACAUCCUGAGGAACAAGGCGAUCAUGGAGAGCCUCAGCAAAGGGGGAAACCUCAUCGAGCAGAACUUCGAGCCCGUGAGACGCCAGUCCCUGACAGCUCCAACUCCGAACACUAUUUCCUGGGAAGAGUACAUUACAGCCGAGGCUGGAAAAGCUCCUCAUCUCGGACGAGAGCUUGUAUGCAAAGAGAGCAAGAAGAACUUUAAAGCCACUGUAGCCAUGAGCCAAGACUUUCCUCUCGGCAUUGAGUCGUUAUUAAAUGUUUUGGAAGUGAUCGCACCCUUCAAGCACUUUAAUAAACUCAGAGAAUUUGUUCAGAUGAAGCUCCCGCCAGGCUUUCCAGUGAAAUUAGACAUCCCCGUGUUUCCCACCAUCACGGCCACCGUCACGUUUCAAGAGUUCCGCUACGACGAAUUCGACGAGUCCAUUUUCACCAUCCCGAACGACUACAAAGAAGAUCCCAGCCGCUUCCCAGAUCUCUGAUCCUUCACUCCGUUGUUUUUUUUUUUCUUUCCCUCUCUUUUUUUCUUCUUUCUUCUUUCUGCUUUAAAUUUUCUCUCCACUGCAUCUCUGUCUCUCUCUCUCUCCUUCCUCGGAUUCGUCUUUUUUACAGGAAGCAAAAACCAUCAUGUGAUGUCGUCGCCGAGCUCUGCUACGGGAAGCCUCAGCUUCUGAAAAACACUUUACACGCUGUUCUGGGGUAAAGGGAUCAUGCUUCUUGUCCCGACAUCGCAGCGACCUUGAGCUACGAGGACGUACGAGCGAAAACGAAAAAGCAUUUCCCCCCGAGCGAGGAGCUGACAAGGGAGCGGGACAGAGCGCCACCUUAAUGCACUACAUGACUCGCUCGUGUUCUUCACUCGACCUCCUUCCCACCGCAACGCUUCCAUGUUACUCUGGCAGGAAAUGUGGCAUUACGAGUUCUGUAUUUAUGUACGUCACCUUUUCAUACACAUUUGUUACACGACUUGCGGCUUAUCUCCCUCCACGUCUCUUCAGGAUGAACAAUAGAAAUGGGAGAAACGGAUCUCGCGUCAAUAUAAUCUUUAUGCGCUUUCUACGGAUGAUGAGAUCCUCUGUAAAUACCUCUGUUUGAGCAGGGCGUGUGACGAGCUCUGCGAACCCGUGUUACUGCGUCUUCUGACCCCCGACUCAAAAAUAUCUUUUUUUUUUUUUCCCACCCUUUUUAUUCCUGAACAGCACAAGUUUCCGCGAUUGUUAUUUUUAUUUCCUUCGCCCAUGAUCUCACGCACGUUAACGAUCGUUGCGUGUCCGUUGGAAUAAAGAUUCAGGCAUUUCAAGUCGUUUGUAAAAUGAUGCAGUGUACAGUUUGAGAUAAACCUGACACAGCUUUCAGUGGACGACACUCACGUUAUUAUCCUGAUUUUUAUGAUCGACAGAUGUAGAUAUAUACAAUGUUUUAGAUUAUACAACAUCUAUACUGACAAACCUCUUAUGAUUGUAUUAUGUGUAAAAAACGAAAAAACAAAAACAAAAAAAAAGGAGUUUCAGGAACAGCCCAUGAGAUAUAAAUGGGAAAUUAAUUAACUGGAUGUUUUAUUAUGAUUUUGUUUUUUGUUAUUGUUGGUAUUGUUGUUGUUGUUGUUGUUGUGCAUCAGAAGUGGAAAGAAAAAAAAAAGGAAAAAUGGUCAAAUUCACACCAGCAAGUGACAUGAUUUUAUUUAUGUAACCCUUGUUUUUUCUUCUUCUUCUUCUUCUUCUUUUAAUUCUACACUGGAUUUCUGGAUUUGGGCCUCUGAGGGGGUCAGAUGUUGUAAAUGCUUCCACACCGCACUACUGGUUAGUGUGAUGAACCCACGCCUGCUUCGCUUCUACUUCUGCUUUUUUUUUUUUUUUUUUUUUUUAUUUAAUUUUAUUUCUUACAGCUUCAGGACUUCUUGUUUUUGUUGUUUAGUUUGCACCUUCAUAAACUCUCCAGACCUUUGGACUGGGGAAACCAGUUGUACAGCGGGAACCUUGUAUGCCACACUCCCCCAAGCCCCCCCCCUGUUGCGAGGAAUUCUACUUAAUAAAACGUCUGCAUACCAAAUCGCA